CGGGCGCUCCGUCUUUCCUCCCGCUAGAGUGAGGGCGCCCCCGGGAGGCUGGCAGUCGCCGCCUGGGACCCCGGCCCAGCUCCCCGGGCCGCUCGGGACGUGCGACGGUUCGGUUCGAAGUGAGGUUUCUGAAGGCUUCAAGGAAAAGCCAAUUUAGGGAAGGCUCCAUGGCCCUAGGUGAAGAUGUGGCCACGGAGGCAGACGCAUCUGUCAACAUGAAGGUCCCGUCCUGUGGCAAGUGGAACUCUGGGGAACAGGAGCUGCUGCCCCCAGGGCUUGAGCCACAGCAGCCCCUGCAUCUGGAAGUCAAGGGAGGGCCGCUGUGGAGGACUGAGGCUGACACCUACUGCAUCUCUGGAGUUUUCUUGUCACAAGCCCACACUGCCAGCGGAGAACUGGUGGCAGAUAGGUCUGAGCCUGCCCUCCGUGGCCCACUUCCUUCUGCCAGCAUGGAGACUGGAGUCUUUCAUCUCUCUGGGGGAAGGCACAUGGAGGAAAACAAGCUUCCUGCCUCCCAGGACCUACUUCAGAGGGUUAAAGUCCUUGGAACUGUAACUGUUUGCUCAGGACAUGAUGCGGGCAGUGAAGACAACCUGUCCCCAGUUGAUUCACCUCAGGUGCUGGGCCUCAGCCAGCAGCUUCACUUCUCACAGGGGGAGUCCACGGAGAGCCCAGGUGCUCCUCAGCUCUGUGGCAGAAGCAUCUCUGCCUCCUCAGUGGGCACCAGCCUCCAGGAUCACCAAGAGAAGGCAGAGCCUCAAAGUAGCGCCUUUGCCAAGGUUUCCUCUCGGGAGUUGAUUGAACCUCAAGGAACCCCCUCUGUGGUGGGGACAGGGCCUCGGCCCCUGUUGUCACCACAGCCUGUGACUCCUGGGGGUGAUGCUACUGGCCUGGGUAAGAGACAACUCUCCUUUCAGGCAGAGUACUGGGCCUGUGUGCUGCCAAAUUCCCUGCCUCCCUCUCCUAACCGCCACUCCCCGCUCUGGAACCCAAAUAAAGAGUAUGAAGAUCUGCUUGACUACACUUACCCACUGAGGCCUGGGCCUCAGCUCCCAAAGCAACUGGAGAGUCAUGUGCUGGCUGACCCUGUCAUGCAGGACUCGGGUGUAGAUCUGGACAGUUUUUCUGUCUCCCCAGCAAGCACUCUCAAGUCUCCCACUAAUAUCUCCCACAAUUCCUUAUCAGCAGAAAUGCCUGCUCUGCCCUUUUCUGGAGCCAAGGACCCAUGCCUUAAGCGUUGGCCCUUGGGAGUAUCGCAGAAGCAGGACGGCAUAAGCCUGGCAUCUUGGAACCAGCUUGCAUCAACCCCUAAAGCCUCAGGCACGGAGAAUGCUUCCCGGGAGAAGAGAGAUGCAGCCCAGAGGGACACAAAGGACUCUCUACCUAUAGGCAAGAGACUCAGUGUGGGCUCUCCCCAGCUGAGGACAAAGGAGAGGGGGCCACCCUUCCCCAGACUAGAAAGGCAGAAGAGAGCCUGCCAGAGUGUUGGGCAUCCCUCCUGUGUGAAGCCUGGGUGGAUGUCAGAAGAAGAGGUGGGAAGUGAUGAUGAGUACCUUGCCCUGCCCACCAGGCUGACUCCGGUGUCUAGUUUGGUGUCCAGCUUAGGUGCCAUUCCCACCUUCAUGAACCUCCCCACCGGGGCUGCUGAGGAGCACAGUUCACUGGAAGUCUCAGACAGUGAUGGGCCAGCGUCCCCCACAUUGGAUUCCGGCCAAAGGCAGCAUCCUUCUGGUGCUGCCUUCCAAGGGCCUGUGGUCCAGAACCCCUGCUUCGUGAACUCUGUCCAUCCUGAGGACUCCAUAGGUAAAAGCAGCAUGAUGAGCAGCCAGGCCCUCGGGGUCUCUUCUGGACUGCUGAAAACUCAACCCUCCUUGCUAGCUGCAUCAGACAGGUGGCUGUGCUCGGAGCCAGUCGCUGCAGAGAAGCUUCCUAGGAACACAGGACAGGAGAAAGCAUCAUUGGUGCAAUGUGUGCAGACAUUUUGCUGUCAGCUGGAAGAGCUGAUCUGCUGGUUGUAUAAUGUCACAGAAGUUGCUGAGCUCACUACUCCACCCAGGGCCACUCUCACGGGUCUCAAGGCUUCUCUGCAGCUUUACCGGCAAUUUAAGAAAGAUAUAGACAAACACCAGUCCCUGACAGAAAGUGUCCUGGAGAAGGGAGAGAAUCUUCUUCAGUGCCUGACGGAUAACACCCCAGUUUUAAAGGAUGUCCUCGGGAGGAUCGCAAAGCAGUCUGGUGAGCUGGAGAGCCAUGCAGAUCACCUUUAUGACUCUAUCUUAGCCUCUUUGGACAUGUUGGCUGGCUGCACCCUCAUCCCUGACAACAGACCAACAGCAGCUAAAGAACGCCCACGUGAAGGACUUUAACUCAGCAUAUCCCAGGUGGAGAUGGAGCCAUCAGCCAAGUUGGCUCUUGGGAAGAAAACUCAAAAACUCCUUGAAGAGCAUUCUACCGUGAAGGCAGGGGAGAGACAACUUUAACGUACUUGCUUUAAGAUGCCUGUCCCAUCUCUGAAGGUUCUUGAGUUACUGUUCUCAUUACAGCGAAUCCCUCCAAACUAAGGCUUUUCCUUUUGGUGCUUCUCUACCAAAAAUACGUGGCUUUACAAUGUUGAUAAAAUAGUAGGAUAUGCAGGUCUCAUGUGCCCCCUUCUGUUUAAAAAACCAGCAGUUAAAACAUGUUGAGGCCAUUUACAGAAAGCUGCUCAAGAAAGGUUCCAAGUACUUGGAAUGAAUUCUCAGGUGAUGGGUCUAAGAGUGAGGAAGUGCGUGAUCAAGACCUUGGAUCUUUUCAUCAAGUGAAAACUGGAAUUUUGUAAAUUCUAAAGGUUCUCAGCAGACAUGUUAGCCUUUAAUCUGCCACAGAAACACUUAAGUCAGUAGACCCUCUACAGAGCGAGCCCUUUGAACAACAUGACAGCAGGUGCCAUCUUUAGUGGUUAGUCUCUACCUUCUUCCUUAACUAUUUUAUGAAAAUGCAUCAGAAAGCUGGAGGCUUGUGUCAUGCUUCUGGAAGGGAACGAAGCAAACGAUAAGCUUUUGCUUACCUCUGGGGCACUGGGUUGGUCCUCUGCUCUGCUUUCCCCUGGAAGACUAGUCAGAGGAAGGGGAUGGCUACAGCCACAGUCUGUCCUUACAGAAAUUAAAGCAGCCUGUGCUGAUGAGAAAAGAGAAAGUCUUUGUUUCUUGGGAGUUAACAGGCAGUGCCUUGUCAGGAAGAAAAAAAAAAAAUCCAUGGAUCAGUAGUUCAAAGCAUCAGUUGCAACUUUUGAAGCAAAGUGAUUAUAUGCUGGUUACCACAAAUUCCACAAAGUAUCAAAGAUGGGUUUUUCAGCUUAAAAACAAAAUCAACAAGAUUUUAAAAGAUUCGCUGCUUAGACAAACAUGGUGGUACAAACUUGAAUUCUAGCCCUUGGAGGGAUCUUUUGAGGCAAAGAUUACUACUUGCUAAGCUAUACAUACAUGAAGUACAGUGUUUUCACAUGCCUGCUGCUGCACAGUAUGCCUACCAUGUCUGUGGGCAAGAUCCAAAUUAAACUGUUCUGAUUCUGCCAUCUCUAAGUCAUGCUUAUUUCCUACAUUGUACAUGGUGAAUAAUGUGCUUUCAAAACGCAAAAGAAAACGCUUUUCUAGCUAAUGAAAAUUGGUUAAAAAUCAGUACACUAACUAUUUGAUGUGGCUUUAAGUUGCCUUCCCAUCAGUAUGUUAGAGCAGCCCUCAGAAAGUAAGCCCUCAGAAAGUAAGCCCAUUUGACAGGCCUGAAUAAAACCUGAAGAUGGCAGAACCUUAAGGUGCCGCCGGCUGAAUGCAGUGAGGCACUCCUGUUCUCUUCAAGUGUGGAUUACAGUCAGCUUCAACUGACAUGUUCGUUUUGGAAUAUACUGUUUCCCAACAAAGCACUACCUUGCCUGAAGAUGGUCUAUGCAUUUGUUCAUCCUCUUUGUAACAAAAAGGUACUUUUUUUGUAACCAAAAGGUGCAAACUCUGACCUUGGCUGUGAAUGCCACUUAGGAAUAUCGACAGUUGUUAAUUAUAUCUUCUGCUGCGUGUUAAGAACUUUUGAGCUGAAAUUAUCUCAGCGUAGGAUGAUGCCAUCAUUUCCAUGUGCAUUAAAUGUGGCCAGGAUAGAUUGACAUGGCCACGUUAGGAUUUACACAUGGUCCCUUAAAGUUCAUUUGCGUUCAUAAAGUAGCAUUUUAACGCAGGGUUCUUGUGGGUCUACAGCCAACAUCGAGCACAAAACCAAGAGGCUUCAAAGACAGCUGUUCCAUUUAGGAACCUUAGGAGCCCAAAGCGGAGUGUGGCGGUGCAAGGCAUGCUGGAUGAAUGGCCAAAUACGUGCUCGAGGGAACAUCUGCCCAAGUAAGCACAAGCAGCUCGCGUGAGCCCAGUGACUACUGAUCGUUCAGGAUUCCAGCAAUGGCCACUGAGUAGAAUGUUCUUCAUAUUAUGCAAGUUACUGUGUUAUAGCCACUUUUUAUUUUUUAAUAUAAUAUUUCUUUAUUAUGUCAACAAAUUAAAGCCCCCAGUAGUCUGGAAAUGCUUAUACUUGAAAAAUAGGAUAUGUGCCCCCCCCCCCAACUGCAUUUAUUGGCACAUACAUAAAAGCAAAUAGUGAAGUGUGCUGAAAUGGUGUUGUAAGCCCUAAUCUUGCUGCCUGUGGUGGAAAACACUAGAACUUUACAAAGUCUGUAAAUACGUUUAUAUGAAAAAUGUUUUCUGCUAAUAAAGAAUAAGCCGACAGUUUGAACAACUUUUGCUGUUGUAAAAUUGAAGUGCAUGGCAUCACUUUGUCUUAUAUUGUUUUUGUAUCAUUUAGUUAUUAUAGAAAACAGUUUAUGAACUCUUUCUCCCUUUAUAUUGACAAGGAAAAACUCCAACAGUGACUCUGUGUGUGUGUGUGUGUGUGUGUGUGUGUGUGUGUGUGAGUGAGAGAGAGAGAGAGAGAGAGAGAGACCCCCAUAUAAUUCCUGGCGAUCUCAGGAAUUUCCAGUUGCCUUAUCUUAUAUAAGGACGAAUAGACCCAACAAGCACAUCUAUAAUACAAAGUAAACUAUGAUUUUAUUGUGAAAUUCUCAUAGAUGGAAAAUUAAAUUGAAUAUUUAUUCUGUCCAUUUUCAUUUUACAAUAAUCUUACCACUUAUUUUUGUACCAUGUAUUUCAAUCGUCUGUUUAGUGAAAAAUAAAGAAACCUGUAAUUUUUGGCUUAUUUUUAGUUUAAUAUUUUAUCAUUAAAGACCCCAUAAUAAAAUGUGUUGUCAGCAGUCACAUCCUAAGCCCCCAAUUGAAGAAUGUUUGGCUGCUGCUUAAACCAAAGGAAACAGUCUCUGACCUCUGUCACCUUAAAUGCUAGUGUCCGCAAGAGACUUUGUUUCCCACAGCAAGACAAAAGCAAAGUCUAGGUCUUGAAGGUCCUAGUUAACAACUUUCACACAUGCAAAAAGUUCACCGAAAUAAAUAUAUUAUUUCUCUCAUCACUCC